AUGCAGAACCUUCCAGGCUCCAUCGCGUCCUUGUCCUCGCUGCGGGUGCUCCGGCUACACUCCAAAUUUAUUCGCACGUUGCCCGACCAGAUAUGCCAGUUGUCAUCGCUCCAGGAGUUCUGCCUAAGCUGCCCGUUACUGUUGCAGCUGCCCGAUUUUUUUGGGGAGCUGAAGUCCUUAACGCAGCUCUCGAUCUCAAAAUGCACGAAGUUGCGGCUGUUGCCCAAGUCUUUCGGCGAUCUUUCAUCCCUCACCUCUCUCCGAAUCGACGGCUCCUGGAAAGUGCAUGGCUUCCCAGUCCGCACCGGCGCGCUGCAGAAUAUGCGACGGCUGGAGCUGAGGAGCUUCAACGGGGAGUUACCAGACGCGUGCGAAGAAUGGACGAAACUGGAGGAAGUCACGCUGGACUCGUGUAGCAACAUUCACAGUUUCCCAGCCUCAUGCAUGGAGUUUCUAACGGCUCUCACCAUCCGUCGCUGCUUCGAUCUCAAGCUUCCCCGAUUCGAUCUCAUCUUCGCGUCGCAGCUGCGCCACCUGACCAUCGACUCGCUGAAUUCCAGCGAGUCGCUCGAGUCGCUAAGCCAUCUGACGUCGCUCGAGCGGCUCGAGGUGGCGUAUGCAGACGGAAACAGGACGUUUCCCGUGGGAUUGUUCGCCCUGCCGUCGCUGAGGUUCGUGAAGCUGGGUUACGUCAGGUGGACGGAAGGAAGAAACGUCAUGCCGCUCUGGCGGUCGCUCUAUGAAAAGGAGCUGGAACUUAUCGAGUGCUCUCACAUGAAGUCUCUGCCGACCCGUUUCGCCUCCCUUGGAGCGCUAAAGGAGCUGACUAUAGUGGGGACAAAGAGCCCUUCGUUUCUGGAUCCACUUAUCGGCCUGCCCUCGCUUGAAGAAGUAACCCUGUCUGGUGGGGCCAGUAUUUCUUCUUUGCCGCCCGCCUUUUGCCAGUUUUCCCGCCUCCACACGCUUAGAAUCCUCAAAUACGACGACCUCAUUUCCCUACCAGCGAACUUCGGCGCACUAGUAUCCCUCAAGAGCCUCUCCAUUCGCGAGUGCAAAGUUUUCCACCAUCUGCCCGACUCCUUCUCCGCUCUGGGAUCCCUCGUCCACCUCACUGUCACACAUUGUCCUAAAUUCUCCACUCUCCCAGACGGCUUCGGAUAUUUACCCCAAUUGACCCAACUGGACAUAGCCCAUUGUGACUCUUUCACGCAUCUGCCCGCCUCCUUCCCCUCUCUCCCUUUGCUCCGAAUAGCCUGCAUCCACCACUGCAAGGUGCUGCAUUCCCUCCCUCCCGACAUGGGACAGCUGCCUCGCUUAGAGGUGCUUCAGUUAGCGUGGUGUGUGGCGCUACAAGCUCUACCAAAAUCGCUUAAAGAGUCCAACGCAUUGAGGCAUGUGGAUGUGUCUGGGAGUGGGGUGGACCGGAAAGAGGGGGAGGUGGGCGUGCGUAGAACAAGAGUGCAUGUGGAUGGAGAGCAGCACCAGCACCACCAGCAUCAGCAGCAGCAGCACCAGCGGGAGCAGCAGCAGCAGCAGCAGCAGCAGCAGCAGCAGCAGCAGCAGCAGCAGCAGCAGCAGCAGCAGCAGCAGAGGGAGCAGCAUAUCAACCUCCUCAAAGUUUGUGAGCACUCUCACAUAGUGCGUGGAGUCGUCAUUUGA